AUGGACGAUGACGACUUCGACUUCUCCGACGCAGACCUCGACGACCUGCCGGCCAACACGCUGCAGCAGCUCGAAACGACCGCAAUCCGCGCGACACAGCAGCAGAACCACCACCACGACAAUGCGGUAGCAGAAGAAGAAGACUCGGCGUAUUAUGGCUUUGACGACGGUGACGAGGACGAAGUCGUGAAUCUGGACGACACAAGAGGGGCAGCCCACUUUCCCAACAAUGAUGCGAACGGUUACCAGGUCACGCAGCGCGACAAUGGCGCCAAUGUGCAAUACGAUGCCGCCAUGGAGGUCGAGGAGGCACCGCCGCAGUCACAGAUUGACGUGGGAAGGCUCCUCGAGCGCAUCAAGAAGCUAGAGCAAGAGAAACGGCGGCUGAACCACAACCUCGAGACGACCUCCGCAGAGGUAAUCAAGAAGACUGGCGAGGCCGACAACCUGCGCCGCCGUACCGAACAUGCGACCCGCCAAACUGAGCAGCGCCUCGCUCAGCAGCAGCAAGAGCACAAAGAGUCGACAGGCAGGAUCACGGCUGAGAGAGAUGCACUGUUGCGGCAGUUGGAGCAGUCCAAGACGAACAGCGCCUUCGAUGAGCACAGUCGUCAAGAGGAGCAGAUGCGCAGGCCGCGACGAGUUGUGCCAGCCCGUCCCAAGCCCACCGCGCCCGUGACAGCGAGCCCGGCAGGCACCCCAAGCAAGAUUCAGAAGAACCUCCCGCUCGGAGAUGGGUUCGACGACGAUGACGUGGUUAUGGCGUCGCCGAGUAAGAGGCGGGACAAGUCUAAGACAGGAACCCCAAAGCAGGCAAGCAAGAGAAAACGGCAGAUCACGAACGACAGCCCUGUGCCGAUACUAGAGCUGAGUGAGCCAAGGACGCAACCGAAAGUGCCAGAACCGCCAUCUUUUAGCGAGGCACAGUUUGACAUAACUCUUCUCCGGAACUUGUGGAAACAUGACCAGCGUUACACGCUGCUCCGUCGGCUCUUAUCGCACCGCUGCUCUAGAGGCGAUGACCGGAUACUGGAGGCACUCACGCAGUACGCGUUUCCUUCUGAUCCGGCGAAGAAACUUUCGUCUGUCGUCUACGACUCCUUUUCGACUUCCGCUCCAACCAGCAGCGCUCGCGAACUCGCCAUUAGCGUUUGUGGUACCUUUGUCAACAUCUGGAAGCAGUGUUUGCGGGAGAAAUACUAUGCGCCGAUAUACUUGCUCCUCGAUGCCCUGCAAUUCGUGCUAGCGUGCGAGCCAGCAAAGACAGCCAUCCCAGUCAUGGAGGAUGUCAUGCCGCUGAUAGUCGAAUCCGUCAAACUCGUCGCCAUACCUGUCUACGAAGCUCGAAACCGGAACGAGAAGAAGUCUGCUUUGCUGUUCUCACCUGAAUACCAGACCACCGUCGAUGAGGUCGAUGUACAAAGCUGUCUCGACCUACUUUACCUCCUAGCGACAUGCUGCAUCUCUUGUCCUUCCUCAGAACCGCUGUCACGUUUCUGGCGCAACAUGCCCCUCGACUUUGUUCUUUUGAUGUUGUUGAAGGAGCAGCCUGUUGGCUCCAUGCUUGUUCUCCUUCGCACUCUCUCCACAUCCGCGCUCCCCACGUCCCUCGGCCCCAUCAUCUCCUCCGACCCCGAAACCCAAAAAGGCGGCGAGUCCAACCUCCUAACACGCCUCACGAACCUCUUUUCCGAACCCAUCGCACCCAUCGCUGACCCAAAAUCCACCUCACACGCGCACGAAGUCCCAGAAUCCCAGAUCUGGCGCGUCCGCCUCAAAAUUUUGGAUGUCUUAACGCAGUUCUCUAUCCCAGAAUACGGCUCCACCAUCCUCAUCAGCCAUGCCCUUUGCAUCGGUCGCCUCAUCAAGUACCUCAACCACGCCGUUUCGGCCCUCUACUCCCGGCCGCUAUCCCCCACUCAGCCGGAAAAAAUCGCCACCAUCAACGCGACGAUGAAGUUGCUGAACCACCUUACGACCAGCAAUCCAGGCUUCAAUAUCAAGAGCAAAUUGAACGAGACUCUCGGCGGCCUGCACGCGUACUACGUUAGCCUGACGAGGCUUGCGUUUUCGGAGGGAUUGGUGCUGGAGGCCGGGAUUGAGCAGGAGGUCAUGGAUAUGGCGCAUGAUAUUCUGGAUGACGGGUUAAGUCCGGAGGAAGGCGAUGCACUGGCUGAGGUGUUUCCUAGUGGGAACACAGUGUGA